AAAAAAACAGAGCACAAUUACUCUGUUUUCUCCCUCUCUCUGUAGUCUGUACUGACCACUACAGCAAACAAAAAAGAAAAAGUGUAUUCAGAAAGUGAGCCUCUGCCCAUCUGGGUCCUAUUUUAAUAUGCUCCUCUCCUCUCCUCUUAAUGCUCCCCCAUCUCCCCCAACCUUUUUCUUUUGUGCAUUUCUGUGUGUGCUCUCUCUGUCAGAUUUCAAAACCAAGAGAGAGAUAGAGGGAGAGAGACCACCAGAAUCUCUGUUACACAUAACCCCAGACUAUUCUACAAGAAAAACAGAGGAGAGAGAGGGAGCUGUUUUGAGGAGAACAGCCCAACUACUGAACAAAUUAAAAAAGAAAAGAAGAGCUGGUUGGGUUGGUUGUUUCUAUAGUUUCUUAUUCGAGGUGGGUUAUUGAAGUCUUGAACUUGUAGAUUGAGUUUUGUCUUUCCUCGAAUGGUGAUGAGAGCGUGCUCCAAUUUUGGAUCGACAUGAACAAGAAGAGAGAUGAAGAAGCUGGCUGAAGCAGAAGAUGGCUCAAUAUUUCCAUGGAGAAGAAGACAACAAAAAACCCACCUUCUCCUUCGUCUUCCUUCGCAACAGGAACCUACCACAUUAGCCCCAGCGAUACAAACAACACACAAGCAACUACAUUAUUAUUAUUCUUCAAAAAUGGCUGCUUCUUCUUCUGCUGCUACUACCCUGACUCUUUCUCAAUCUCUAUCCCACAUUUUUGUUGCUUUCCUGCUUGUCUCCCUCUGUUACUCCGCAUCCCCUGUCUCGUCGGAUUCCUCAGCCAACAGCACCCAGACUUUCCUGCCAAGGAAAGAACUGCUCAAGCUCAAGAGAGUCAAUGCUUAUCUCAAGAAGAUCAACAAGCCUGCUGUCAAGACAAUUCAGAGCCCUGACGGUGAUGUGUUUGACUGUGUAUUGUCCCACCUUCAACCAGCAUUUGAUCAUCCCCUGCUCAAAGGACACAAACCCUUGGACCCGCCAGAGCGGCCAAAGAGCAAUGAGACAUCAGGAACAGAGGAAAUAAUAGCAGAGAGCUUCCAGCAAUGGCACGAUUCAGGGGGAUCCUGCCCUGAAGGAACCGUUCCAAUCCGAAGAACCACAGAGAAAGACGUUCUCAGAGCAAAUAAGCUCAGGCGAUUCGGAAAGAAGCCCAUCAGACAUCUCAGGAGGGAUUCUUCUGGAAACGGCCACGAGCACGCAGUGGUGUUUGUGAAUGGAGAGCAGUACUACGGAGCCAAGGCGAAACUAAACGUGUGGGCGCCAAAGGUCACUGAUCCUUACGAGUUCAGCUUGUCGCAAAUUUGGGUCAUCUCUGGCUCUUUUGAAAAUGAUCUCAACACCAUUGAAGCUGGUUGGCAGGCAAGUUGAUAUGACUGCAUGCAUCCGCUUUGAUGAUUGAUUGGUGAGCCCUGAGUUGUAUGGGGACAGCUACCCGAGAUUCUUCACUUAUUGGACUGUGAGUGUUAGUCUUAUUUAGAUCUGUUGUUUAUUUUUUUGGGGGUAAUCAAAUGGAUGAUUGAACACUGUGAUUAACUGGGAUUCGCGAAUCGAAUGGACAGACGGAUGCAUAUCAAGCAACAGGAUGCUACAACCUGCUGUGUUCUGGGUUUGUUCAGACGAACAACAAGAUAGCCAUUGGAGCUGCAAUUUCUCCCAGGUCGUCUUACAGGGGAAGACAGUUCGAUAUUGGCCUAAUGGUCUGGAAGGAUCCGAAGCACGGGCACUGGUGGCUGGAGUUCGGGUCGGGUCUCCUGGUGGGUUACUGGCCGGCGUUCCUGUUCAGCCACCUCAGGAGCCACGCCAGCAUGGUGCAGUUCGGCGGCGAGAUUGUCAACUCGAGGUCCACCGGCGCCCACACUUACACGCAGAUGGGGAGCGGCCAUUUCGCCGGAGAAGGGUUCGGGAAGUCGUCGUAUUUCAGGAACCUGCAGACGGUGGAUUGGGACAACAACUUGCUGCCUCUCAAUAGCAUGCAUUUGCAGGCCGACCACCCUAAUUGUUACGACGUGAGGCAAGGCAGGAACACGGUUUGGGGCACGUAUUUUUACUAUGGAGGUCCUGGGAGGAAUAUCAGGUGCCCUUAAUUAAUUCACAAAAGUAUGAUCAUGGGGUUUUUUUUCUUUUUUUGGGUUUUGUUAUUAGUAAAUUAUCUUCUUCUUUUUUUAUGAUUUUGGGCUUGAUAAUAAUAUAGAUUUGGCUUGGGUUUACUUGGGUUUUUUACUUUUUUAUUUGUAUCUUCAGGGUUGAGGUCUUCUUUUCUAUAUGUAACAGGCUGGUAUUGUGUAUAAUAUUUUUUUUUUUUUAGUAAAUGAUGGGAAUGAAAUCGAGUGGUGUCUUUAUCAUUUUUUUG